AUGGGUCCGAUGAAGAAACCAGCUGCUGCUGUGAUGAAGAAGCCCAGCGGCAAGACUGACGCAGAGCCGAAUGAGACAAUGGAAGAGGAGCCCCAGGAGGAAGCAUGCGAACACCCGGAGGAAGAGGACGCCGAAGAUGAUGCUUGUGUGGACCCUGAUGAGAAGCUCGCGAAGAAGCCUACGAAGCACCCGUUCACCUUGAAAAACGUGAAAAAGCACGAUGAUCUGAUGUCGACGAGAGGGUGGUCCGGCUCUGAGCUCUUUGAGUGCUUCCGGAAAAUGCCGUCUUCGGAGCAGCAAGCAAUGUGGAAGCUCUUCGAACGUUCCCGUCGCUCGAGCAACUGCGACGAGGCCUACAAGGCCAUGACGAAUGGUGCUGGAUCCAGAUCCAAGCAGCAGAAGAUGCUGCGAGGAUGGAUGGAGGACGGUUUCAACGUUGGCAGCUCCUACAGACAAGCUGUGUUGCAGUUCGAGGCCUUGGACAAACACAAAGUGGACGUCAAUUGGCUGAGCUGGAAGCAGGUUACCGAUCGCUUCGGGCGAAAGGAAGCCCUGCAGCGACUGCAGAAUGGAAGCCUCAAGUUCCGACGGUCCCCCACGGAUGAGAAACUUGAGAGCUUCUCGCAUAAGAACACAAAGCGGAGGAAGACUGAAGUCGAGACAAAGGGUGGCAAGGUGGACAAGAAGAUGUUGCGAGACAUGGAGAACUUGGCAAUCGAGGACAUCGACGCCGACGAUUGGAAGAUGGGCGAAGGCAACUUGGAGGAGGCUCUGGACACGAUGGAGCUCGACAAGGCCGUGAAGGACAUAGUGUUGAAGAAAAUCACCAGGGCUACUUCGCAGCAGGGAUCCGCCUCAUCCGCCUCCGACACGUCGAGCACUGAGGACGAGAGUGAUAAGAAGAAGAAGAAGAACAAGUCGACCCGAGCCGCCUUGGAUGAUUUGGAGAAGAAUUCGCAGCUGGCAGACACGGACGGCAAGCCCGAGUUCAAGCACAAGAUGGCCUCGUUUGAGAAAGCCAUGACCACGGACCUGGAGUACUUCAAGGGCCUGUCCUCAUCCGACUCCAACGAGCAGCUGUUUAUCGACGGUGCCCGGAAGGCCUUGGACAAGGCUAUGAAGGGCCUGGCUCAGGCGAAGAAGUCACUCAAGAUGGAAGAUGUCAAGACGGCAUUGAUGGCGAGCUUUGAUGCCCUCAAGAAGAGCAAGACGGCGAAGACAUUUUGCCAAUCCUCGUGUGUGAAGAGGAAGUCGUCCAAGGAUUGA